ACGGUCACACUGAAUGUUUGUUGUGAUUUUCAAUUCUCCGAUUUUCCUCUAUUAAUUAAUUGCCAGCGAUCCAGUAAAUCCACUAGAGUGCCCUGUAUGGAGCUGAGGAGGAGCCACCCGCAUAUAGCUAUACCAUGUCCAUGUUCAAAGCGCGUGUAAAGGAAUUCGAGGAUGUCCUGGCGGCCCCCCAGGACCUGAUCGACCUGAAGCAGCUGCGACAGCUGACGUUUAACGGUGUGCCCGAUGUGCAAAGUUUUCGGGCUCUUAGCUGGAAGCUUCUCUUGGGGUAUUUAGGCCCACGGCGCAGCAGUUGGGCCUCGACACUGGCCCAGAAGCGGGCCCUGUACCGGCAGUUCAUCGAGGAGCUAGUGCUGCCGCCUGGACAUGCGAACAAAGGGGCCGGUGACGACGUGGAUUCGAGGGGCGUUGGCCUGCAAGAUCAUCCGCUGAGCGAGGGGCCGGAGAGCGCCUGGAACACGUUCUUCAACGACAACGAGUUUCUGCUGCAGAUCGACAAGGAUGUGCGGCGCCUGUGUCCGGACAUCUCCUUCUUCCAGCAGCCCACCGAUUAUCCCUGCGAUAUUGUGGUCCACAGCAAAGGCGAGCACGGACGGCGGCUGCACGAGCGGGUGGUGCCCGCUGUACUGAGCUCGGCGAACGUGGAGCGUAAGGGCCUGGGCAUGACCAAGAUAAAUUUGAUCACCAAGCGCUCCGUGGAGAACUAUGCCGCCAUGGAGGAGGGCCAGGAGGCCCACUGGGAGGUUGUGCAGCGCAUCCUGUUCAUCUACGCCAAGCUCAAUCCCGGCCAGGGAUACGUGCAGGGCAUGAACGAGAUCGUGGGACCCAUCUACUACGUUAUGGCCUCGGAUCCAGAUCUCUCGUACCGCGCCCACGCCGAGGCGGACUGCUUCUUCUGCUUCACCGCUCUGAUGGGCGAGAUCCGGGACUUUUUCAUCAAGACCCUGGACGAUGCCGAAGGCGGUAUCAAGUGCAUGAUGGCCAGGCUAUCGAAUAUGCUCAAGGCGAAGGACAUUGGCAUCUACGAGCAACUGAAGAGCCAGGAACUGCAUCCGCAGUACUACAGCUUCCGGUGGCUCACGCUGCUCCUCUCGCAGGAGUUUCCACUGCCAGAUGUGCUGCGCAUUUGGGACUCUGUGUUCUCGGAUGAGCAGCGCUUCGAUUUCCUCAUCAGAAUCUGCUGUUCCAUGAUAUUAAUCCAAAGAGAAGCCAUCUUGGAGAACGACUUCGCCUCGAAUGUGAAGCUGCUGCAGAACUAUCCGCCGAUUGACAUUAACGUGGUGAUCACCCACGCCGUGACGCUGGCGUAGACGACGCCUGGAAGGAUUCUUUCUUGCCCAAAUGCUUUAAAGCCUGUCUGAUAUCAACGGAAUGAACCAAGCAAUCAACUACUUUAGUUAGCCCCAAUCUGAGCGACACCUUUACAGGAACCCCCCUAAGUAUACAGCACCUAUCGUUACUUUUUAUACAACUGUUUGAUUUUUAUAUCUCAUUAAAGCGAAGUAAUUUUAA